AUGAAUGACCCAGUCGCAAAGGGUCUUCGACUACAAAAGAAGCAAGAGUUCCCGACGACCCCCCCUGCUCAGCUAUCAGCAGAAAUGAAGGCAGAGUGGACAUUCAAGCACGAUCGCGCAAGAGAGAUUCGGGAGAUCAUGAAAACGAACCUCAAGCCCAACAGCAAACGCAUCGACAGAGAUGCCGCAUUGGCCGGCUGGAACUCCACCGCCCACCCAUUCAGCUGGGGGUUCAACGCCCCCAAGGCCGGGGCCUACAAGAGCUACGGCGUCCUUUCAAGCCGGGAGAGUAAUGAUAGGAAAAGGCUUCUCGAAUUGACGGAGAAAGUGAGAAGGGAGCCGUGA